UCUGGCCACGGCUCGGGCACAGCGCAAGGGUACAUUCACUCCACGUGCAUUGCAGUCUCCAGAGUGCUGACUUCGCUGUUGCUGCUCUUAGCAUCCUUCAGACUACUUCCUUUGGAGGAAUGCUACACAUUGUGUGACAAGUGUUCAGUGAAGUUAACUUCCAGGUCGAGGGUUGAGUUAGCGUAAUUCGGGUCACCAAGGCUAAAGUUUUGUUGUGGGGUAAGAGAAAUACAACGCAACCUACUUCCAUCGCUUCUGUGGCAAAGGCAUCCGAGUGCAUAGGAAAAUGGCGGACUCGGGCAACAGGAGCAGCCCGAUAGCGGAGUGGUUCAGGGGUCGGAGCCUCCUGGUGACUGGGGCCACUGGGUUUAUGGGAAAGGUGUUGGUGGAGAAGCUGCUGCGGUCAUGCCCAGACAUCGCAACCAUAUACUUGCUGAUGAGACCCAAGAGGGGUAACGACGUGCGCAUGCGUCUGGACGAACUACUUAGUGCCACGAUUUUUGACUGGCUGCGGAAGGAACACCCUGAGGCUCUGAACAAACUGGUACCGGUGUGUGGAGAUAUAACGCUUCACGAACUGGGGCUUAGUCAGGCCGAUCAAAAGAUCCUGGCCGAUAGUGUGUCCGUCGUUUUCCAUUCUGCGGCUACAGUAAAAUUUGAUGAGGCUCUCAAACUGUCUGUUGGAAUGAACAUCAUGGGCACGAAACGAAUUGUCCAACUCUGCCACAAGAUGGUGAAACUGGAGGCUCUUGUCCACGUAUCCACGGCAUAUUGCAACUGCAACCGACAGGAAGUGCGAGAACUGGUGUACCCCCCGCCUGCAGACCCAGAGAAGAUAAUGCAGUGUGUUGAAUGGAUGGAAGAUGACCUCCUGGCGACCAUCACACCCAAAAUUAUCGGAAACCGCCCUAACACAUACACGUUCACCAAGGCUCUGGCAGAACAUGUCUUAGUGGAGCAGAGUGGGAACCUACCAGUCGCAAUCGUCAGACCAUCAAUAGUGACUGCUGCGUGGAAGGAGCCUAUUCCUGGUUGGGUGGACAACCUGAACGGUCCUACAGGACUCAUAGCUGGAGCAGGGAAAGGUGUCCUCAGAACGAUCCUUUGUUAUCGUGACUUAGUUGCUGACUUGAUUCCUGUAGACACUGCCAUCAACUUGCUCAUAUCUGUGGCAUGGCACACAGCUACGGCCAGACCCAACAACGUCCUAGUGUACAACUGCACGUCUGGAAGUCUAAAUCCCAUCAGAUGGAGAGAUAUAGAGGACAUUGGACACGAACUCAUCCUCCAGAAUCCAUUCAGUGAUGUUCUGUGGUACCCCGGGGGAAGUUUCAAGAGCAGUCGCGUGAUGAACAGCAUCUGUGUCAUGGCGCUGCACAUGAUUCCUGCCUACAUAUUCGACAUUGUUGCACGUGUAUCUGGCAAGAAGCCGGUUAUGGUCCGAGUUCAGAAGAAGCUGCAACGAGCGGUUUCAUGUCUAGAAUUCUUCACAACACACGAAUGGCAGUUUACAAACGACAAUGUCACACGGCUCAUGACACAUCUGCAUCCUCAGGAUCGAAAAAUUUUCAACUUUGAUGUCAUGGAGAUUGACUGGAAACCGUAUCUGGGGCAGUACGUGCUUGGAACACGCCGGUUCAUACUCAAGGAAGAUCCCAGCACAUUCCCAGCUGCCCGCAGUCAUUUACGCAAGAUGUACUGGUUGCAUCGCUUCAGCCAGUGUCUGACCGUGAUAGUCGUGUGGAGGUUGCUUAUGCUCCGGUCCGAGACAGCACGCCAGCUGUGGUUCACAAUUCUUAGUCUUAUAUUUCGAAUAGCACAGAGUGUACCUCGUCUUACCCAGAGAGAAUGAUGUUCCCUCACAUCCCAGUCAGGGACAUGUGAGAUCCUAAACUACCUAGAAGUGUUUAGUAAUAUCAAAGGGACUGCCUUCCAUUGUUUGUUAAGCUCAAACAGAAUGAUCAGAUUAAGAGAGUGAAAGAUAUACAAUUAAGGUCAAGAAGUGCAGGAAUAACUAUGAUAUAUAAAUACGGUCUGUUGGAGGGAUGAAAAGAUUUGAAAUAUAACACACUCAUGAUCAAACUGUUGAAAACUGUAAAUCGUUCUAUGCUGGAUUUCAGGUUAUUUUCCUUAUUUUAUAUGGAAAAAUAAUCUUCUGGCAGUUAUCACAUCUAUGUGUUCCUCACAACAGAUACAUUUUGGACCAGUUGAGCAAUUGUUAUGAAAGUUGAUAUGACUUCUUGCCCUUAAGGCCAUCUCGCCUUUGCAUUUUACAACUUUAUAUCAUAAUAUCAACAUGGUAGUUGUAUAUGUAGAGUCUUGAAAUUUUUUGUGGUACUAGAUCUGCAAAAAAUUUGCAACUUCUGUCAAAUUAAUUCUUUUUACUUUGGAAGUAAAAUAUUAUGACAGUCAAGCAAAAUAUAUAUUUAGUUUUCAGUAUGAUGGUGAUAAGUCAAUCACCCAAGUGAAGCAUGUGAAAGUAUGUCUGGACACAUUAUAAAUACAGACCUACCUAAAAUGUUAUAUGGAAUGUUUUCUUGUAUAUCAAUAAUUAUAAAUAUGACGACGAUAUGAAAUUUUCAGGUAAUAUCCGACAGACUUGGUGUAAAGGAUCAGUACUAGCAGGAAUUAUUUGCAGAAAUGAAACAUUAAUUUUAUU